GAAAACAUUCUGCAGCUGCGGCUGCGGCUGCGGCUGCAGCUGAAGCAGGAGGCUUAACUACAUGUAAUUCAAUUUCUGCCUGCUUAGAAUCGAAUAAAAUAUAAUGGUUACUUGCCUUUCAUGCGCUGUCAAUACUCCCUCUACAAGAACUCCAUUUUUGAGCUCUUAUGGUCACACCAGUAAUCGCAAGUUUGGUUCUCACGAAGCUCUCAUCUUAAUUCAGAAGUGCUCUAAUUUCAGUCAUCUCAAGCUUAUUCACGCUAAGAUCAUUCGCAAUGGCCUGUCUAAUGAUCAAUUGCUUGUUAGAAAAUUGCUUCAGUUGUGCUUCUCUUAUGGGAAAAUGGACUAUGCCUCUCUGCUCUUCCAUCAAAUGCGAUGCCUACAUACCUUUACUUGGAAUUUCAUGAUUAGACUGUAUACAAACAAUGGUAGCUCUCAACAAGCUCUUCUUCUUCACAACCUUAUGAUUUUCCGGGGCUUUCCGCCCGAUAAAUUCACUUUCCCUUUCACUGUCAAAGCUUGCUUGGCCUCUUCUGCUCUUGAAAAAGGGAAAGAGGUUCAUGGGUUUGCGACUAAGACUGGGUUUUGGAAAGACACAUUUUUCCAUAACACUCGGAUGGAUCUCUUAUUCGAGUGCGGGGCUGCGGAUUAUGGACGUAAGGUGUUUGACAAAAUGCGUGUUCGUAGUGUUGUUUCGUGGACCACCUUCGUUGCUGGACUUGUUGCUUGUGGGGAACUAGAUGCUGCGCGUGGGCCUUUCGACCAAAUGCCAAAGAGAAAUGUUGUUUCUUGGACAGCAAUGAUUAAUGGGUAUGUGAAGAACCAAUGCCCCCAGGAGGCGUUUGAAUUGUUAUGGAGAAUGCAGCUUUAUAAUGUUAGGCCCAAUGAGUUUACGCUGGUUGGCUUGUUAAAAGCAUGUACUGAACUGGGAAGUCUCCAGUUGGGUAGCCGGAUUCAUGACUAUGCUCUCAAAAAGGGAUUCAAACUCGGGGCUUUCCUUGGGACUGCUCUUGUUGACAUGUCCAGCAAAUGUGGUAGUUUGGUGGACGCCAAGCAAGUAUUUGAUAAGAUGCAAGUUAAGAGUUUGGCUGCUUGGAAUUCGAUGAUCACUAGCUUGGGGGUGCACGGUUGUGGCAAGGAGGCACUUGCUGUUUUUGCACAGAUGGAGGAGGCAACUAUUAAACCAUAUGCAAUCACUUUUGUAGGUGUUUUAUGUGCUUGUGUGCGGAUGAAUAACGUAGAAGAGGGUGAUAGGUACUUCAACUAUAUGACAGAGUGCUAUGGCAUUACACCUAUUUUAGAACAUUAUACUUGCAUGAUCAAACUUUAAACUUGUGCCAACAUGUUGAAUGAAGUUAACAUAUUAGUGAAUUCCAUGCCAA